GCAGGCGGUGACGAUGCGUGCCAGCGUGUGCCGUCAGCUGCUCGCUUCGGUGGCCGGGCCGCGGCGCCCGACGAGGGCGGCGCUGGCGCGGUCGCUCUUCUCCUUCUCCGACUCCACCAAGGCGCCGGCCUCGGUGCCGCUGACGCACGAGCUGUUCGGCCUGAAGCGAGCCGACCACGCCCAGGUCACGGCCGACGACAUCAAGCGGCUGGCGGCGCUGGUUGGCGGCCGCGUGGAGACGGACCCGCAGGACCUGCUGCAGUACAACACCGACUGGCUGCGCUCGCUCAGAGGCUCGUCGCCAUGCGUGGUGUUCCCGACGACGACGGAAGAGGUCUCUGCCGUGCUACGCUACUGCCACGAGCGCCGCCUGGCGGUGUGCCCCCAGGGCGCCAACACGUCGCUGGUCGGUGGCAGCAUCCCCGUCUUCGACGAAAUCAUAGUCAGCACGUCCAGGAUGUCCGACGUGAUCGAGGUGGACGGUGAUGGCGGGACGCUGACGUGCGGCGCCGGCUGCUCGCUGACCCAGCUGGAGAAGGCGGCGGAGAGCAAGCACCUCUACUUCCCCGUCGACCUGAACAUCCGCGAGGCGCAGCUGGGCGGUAUUGUGGCGGCCGACAUGGCCGGCCCGCGCACCGCCCGCUACGGCAACCUGCACGGCAACGUGCUCGGUCUGGAGGUGGUUCUUCCCGAUGGCACCAUUCUCAACUCGAUGUCUACCAUGCGGAAAGACAACACCGGUUUUGAUCUCAAGCAGGUGUUUGUCGGAUCAGAAGGUAGCUUGGGGAUCAUCACAAAGGUGGCGAUGGCGUGUCCCCCGAUGCCGAAACACAUCAACGUGGCCAUGGUGUAUACGGACAGCUUCGACAAGGUGCUGCAGGUGAUGCGCAUGACCAAGGAGCACCUGGGAGAGCUCGUCUCCGCCUGCGAGUUCAUGGACAACGAGGCGGUGAUGACGGUGAAGAAGAAGUACCUAAGCGUGUGGGGCGUGCCGAGCAAGCCGUACUACGUCCUGAUCGAAACAGCCGGACAGUGUGACACCCACGACGAGGAGAAACUGAGGAGGCUCUUCAACGCACUCAAGGACAAACAGCUGAUCAUGGACGGCCAGAUCGGACCGCUCAACUACGACGACCCCACCUUCGUCGAGCGUCUGUGGAACAUCAACGGCCGGAUCCUGGCUGCUCUAUCCCGUGCCGGCAACGUCUACCACUACGACGUGUCGCUGCCGCACUCUAAGCAGUAUCCGCUCGUGGAGAAGCUGAGGACGGAGCUCGGCGACGAUAUUCGGGCGGUGGCCAGCUUCGGGCAUCUGCUGGACGGUAAUCUGCAUCUCGCGCUGCUCUCGUCCGCCUUCUCGCCGCGCGCCGCCGACACCCUGGACCGGCUCAUCACCGAGUACGUGACGGCCGCCGGCGGCGCCGUCUCCGCCGAGCUCGGCUGCGGCUUCAAGAGCCGAAACCUUGGCGCCUCCUGCAAGGACAAGGCGGAGAUGAAGCUGAUGAGACAGAUGAAGGCGAUGCUGGACCCGCACGGCAUCAUGAACCCAUACAAGGUGUUCCCGGAUGUCAUGUAACGCCCCCUACCACGUCUGCAAGCCUGCUGGCGCCUGGGAAGGCACGCACGCUCUGCGCGUAUGCCUGAGGCGCCAGGCCGGAUCCAUGGGCCUGCGUUACCGGGGGCUGAAGUGAACGGAGUUUGGAACGCAGGGUGUUCUCUCUGCUGCGAGGCUGCUGGUUUCUGUUGAUAAGUGACGAGUUGGCUUACUUCUGGCAGAUGGAACUGCGCGAUGUAUUUGCAGAUGCGACGAACUCUAUUUUGAUAAGAAUGCGCUGUGUGAACGUGGUUGGAAGUUUCCAACAUAUAAGCGUUGGGAUCGUCUUUACAAUAAAGUGAUAACGUGUGCCUUUG